AUGUCCCGCGCGGCCACAGCGAGGAUACGUCUGUCACUGCUGAUCACGAUACUUGCCGUUGCAACAGCAGCAGAAGCAUUCAGGGCAUCACCCAUCGCAGGAGUUCGCAACCUACAGAGGUGGAGGACGCCUGUAGGUGCCGCAUCUUCAAGUGUCGGCAAUAUCGUCAAGGGGAACAAGAUAUUGGCGUACGGGCGCAUCGUCGAAUGCAGGGGAGGCACAUCGUAUCUCGUGCAGGUAGAGAACUCGGCGGCCACGGUGCACUGUGAACUGGCGGGGUCGUUAUAUCGCAGAAGAAAGUUCAUGGCAUUGAACACCAAGGUCAAAAUCGAGGUACACCUGCUCGCACCAAAGAAGGGGAGAAUCGUAGACCGCAUAGACCCAUACGAACAGCUGGUGUUGCAGAGGAAUGAAAACAAACCUGCGCGGCCCGCAGAUAAAGAGGUGGCAAAACACACAGACAGCGACACGUCGGACACUGAAUACGACGACUCUGACUUAGAGGAGGUGUGA